GGGUCCUGCCCCAAUCGCGUAAAGACGCAGUGACAUGUGCAUGAAUGGAACCAUAAAGCGCGCACAGUCCCUCAGCUCUUACUCCUCCUCAUUGCCCUGCCCAAGUGCGAACCUCUCCAAGUCCACGUUGGAUCCGAAAGACAUGCUCUCAAACGCGAGCUUCUUGUUGCAUUCGUACACGAGGAGUCUCAACUUGACGCACGGCUCUCAUUUCAGAAACGAGACUUUGCUGGUUCAUGCCUGGAAAGAAAAAAUUAUUUUACCAAUAUUUAUGUUUGCUGGAGGCGCCAUUGGGAAUAUAAUAGCAAUCGUCGUUCUGUCGAUGUCCAGACAAGAGAGCAAAAGUUCCGCUUUCUACACUCUGGUGUGCGGUCUGGCAGUGACCGACCUGCUUGGCACAUGUCUGGCCAGCCCGCUGACCAUCGCCAACUACUUGGACCUACAGGUGCUCCAGGGCGGGACCCUGUGCGACUUCCACUCCUUUUUGCUGCUUUUUUUCAGUCUGACUGGCCUGAGCAUCAUUUGCGCCAUGGCUGCGGAGCGCUACCUGGCAAUCUGCUGCCCCUACUUGUACCAGCGGUGGGGGGUGGACCGCCGAUUUGCGCAAACUUUCUUGACGUCCAUGUACGCCACUAACGUCCUUUUCUGCUGUCUCCCGAUGACGGGCGCGGUGAGGAGCAGGUUGCAACCGUCCCAAACGUGGUGUUUCAUUGACUUAAGGACCCCCGAGCCCGUGGCCGUGGUGUACUCGGUCCUGUACGGCGCGGUGAGCGUGCUGCUCAUCGUGGGCACCGCCGCGCUCAACGUGGCCGUGUGCGGCGCGCUGCUGCUCAUGCGUCGGAGGAGCGUGCGGAGGAGGACCGAGAGCGGCAGGAGCAGCGUGCGGGACAGGUGGAGGGCGCUCUCCUCCGCCGCGGAGAUCCAGAUCAUGACCGUGCUGGUGAUGACAUCGCUCGUUGUGGUGGCCUGUUCGGCUCCACUGGUGGUCCGUGUGUUCGCCAACCGUCUCAUGCUGAAAGAUGACUCGGAAGCCGACCUGGCCGCCAUCCGGAUCGCGUCCGUUAACCCCAUCCUAGACCCCUGGAUCUACAUCCUUCUCAGGCGGUCUCUGUUUCGCAGACUACUAAGUCUGUCCAGACGAUGUCGAACUCGCAGCAGUAGCGCCCUGCCCACACAAGGGCGUCUGUUUUAUUCUGAACAUGCCAAGGACAGCCAUGCGUUCAGUCAAAUGAUGCACGCUAGUCUUAGGAUUUCCUUUCCUGAUGACUGUCUCAGUACCAGACCUUCACGUUGUAGCUCUUAAAUUCAGAGACUGAAGGCUUCUGCUUCUUAUUUAGUUUGAAGGAGGCGCACAGACACUUUUGCUACUUGGCACUUUUGAAAAAGGCCAUUAGGCUGCAUGGAAAUGAUCCCAUCCAUUUUGUUUAACACUCCGGGUCAGAAGGAGGCUGCUGUCCCAGCUGACUGGGUACACACUGGACUGAUCACCUGUCAAAUCACAGAACUGACACACAGAGGCAGACAACCAUUCCCGCACAUGCUAUAAAGAGUCUUCAGUGUACCUAGCAUCCUUAUUUUGGACUGUAAAAGAAAGCUGGAGUACACAGAAAAGCACAGGGGAAAAAAAAUGCAAACGCCACACACAAAACAUGCCGAUUGUACUUGUAUUGGAUGUUUAAGGACAGAAUGAUGACAUGCAUGCUUACAGUGAAGUGUAAAAAGAAGGUAAUGUCGAAUAUUUAUUUCGUGCCAUUCACUGUCACCCAGCAUUGUCUUGACUCUAAUUUUGCGUGUGUAUUUUCAUCAUAUUGCAUCACUCCUCAUCAAGCCCCAUGCAGCAUAUCACAUUGUUAAGAAUCAGUCGGUUGAGUUGCACAACCCAGGACAAGACUUUGGUUCAUCCUGAAGAGAUGCUGAUGUUUUAGCUCAAAGUACAAAUCGACAUCUGUUAGAUCUUUACUGGAUGGGAGGAAAAAAACAAACUAUGACGUCCGUAGUUUCACCUUCUAUAUAAUUUAAACCACAUUAAUAUAAGAUUAGACUCCAAAAUUCCUGUGUCGCUCCAGCUUUGGACACGCUCUCCAGAUCAGGACGUUAAACAGAGCGGGAGUCUGAUACUUCAGGGCAAAUCCAUGGACAUUCUUAAAUAAGAUCAGAUGUUUAUUUACUUAAAUAAUGUGUCCAGCGUGUCAUCCAUUCAACUAUUAUGAAGUAACAAUGCUCUCAAGCUUGGUUUGGGGAGAGAGCUUUCUAUCGAUUGUGUUUCAUCUGCAUCGUAAAAUGUUUUUAAGUGGAGUGAUUGAACCAGAUGUGCACUCGAAUGUUUUCCUACAAAGGGAAGGAGGUUUGGAGCAUUGUUGCAACUCAAACUUGAAGCUGAUGUAUGGUGAGAAGGGGAACAGCGGUUUCUCAAUCUAACAAACCAACUGACAUUCAGUGGUACGUAAAGACUAAGGUCAUUUGUGCGUGCCUUAUUUGGAAGUAUCUGGUUUCGUUGCCUGGAUUAUUUUUUUCACAAGUCCAUUCUUUUACAGCCACAGAUUGAUGUCAUUUGUUGCUACCCAAACACUGAAAUUGCAUUUAUGGAAGGAAAAACAUUUGGUCGACUUCAAUAUUCUAUUUAUUUAGUUUAACAUUUAAAAAUAGCAUUUUUGAUUAGAAGCAGAGACAACGGCUCAUAGCUGCAUUGCUGUAAAACAACAUUUUUGUACCUUAACAACCAUAAAUAAAAAUCUAUAAACAUUAGCCGAGUAAAAACUCACAAAAAUAAUAAUCAUACAAGUUUACAAACAAACCACCUCUUAUUAACACGGACUGUACAUCCCAGUGAGCAACCUUGGUUCUGUGAAAAUGAGCCGACAUCCAAAUAGCAUCCACGAGACUCAAACUUGAUGAUGACAAUGACAAUCAGAAAAUUAUAGGAUCAACUUUAAUGCCAUGGCAAAACGUCUGUGGCCUUUUUGUUUUUGGCAACAUGAUCAAGGAACACAAUAUGAGUAGUAUUUAU